AUGCGCGUCCUUGCUCUUGUCGAUGGCGAUCCAUUUGGCAUCGACAUCUGGCGGACAUACCAGCGCCAGCUCUACGCAGCGCUCGGCGACCAAGAGCUGGGCAGGAUCGAGUGGCUCGGACUCAGGCCGGACGACUACCGAGCCGCGCUGCCUGGCCGGGGUGAUCCCGGUCUCGUCGAGGAGAGGCGAGGUCUGCUGCCCCUGUCGCACGCCGAGCGCCAAAAAGCCGUCAAGCUGCUGCGUGGCCUCGACGACGAGGAGCACAUGAGCGAGCCGCAGAGACGAGAUGUGCGGCUGCAGCUCUCCAAACUCCUCCUCUGCGGCCACAAGGCCGAGAUUGAAUGGCUCGAAGAUGCCGGACCCGUGCUCGAAAGGCAUGGCGACGACCAUGGCGAGGAGGGCGGUGGCGAAGGCGGGGGCUUGGUCGGAUAUCUUCGCGCCAGGAUGAUGAGGAGGCGUGGCGAUGCAUAA